GUUCUCAUUGUUAUUGUUGCUAGACUAUUAGUAUUAAUAACAAUGUCAUCCGAUAAAGAAGAAGUCCAAGUCACUUUGGAAGAUCAAAAGAAGAUUAAUUUGUUCGCGAAGAAGAACGGGAAUCUAAACGAGAUUGAAACGGAGCUUGAAGAGAUCAAAAAAGCUCUUCAGAACAUCGAGGAUGCGGGAGAUGAUCUUCUACUUCUGGAGGACGAGGACUCAGAGGCAAUUCCGUACCAACUUGGAGAAGUCUUCAUCCAGCAUAACUUGGAGGAGACGCAAGGACUUUUAGAGAAAGAAAAAGAUAAAUAUGAGCAGAGGAUGAAACAGUUAAAAGAGGAGGCGGGCGAGAUUGAAAGCAUGAUGAAGGAAUUGAAAGUUCAACUUUACGCAAAGUUUGGGGAUAAUAUUAACCUGGAAGCUUAAUUUAAGUGAUCAAUAGAAGCCAGACUGCAGAGUAUGGCAGGUGCACGUGCGAUAUUUUUUACAGACUUUUGGUGAUGCACAACAUUACUGUCCCACACACGCCAAUUAAUUAAACAAAAAAAAACGUGUUAAAUUAAGUAAGAUUUCCUAACGUGGCUUGAAAAUGUACAUGCUUUGCACGCAGAUUUUAAAUGAUAGCACGCGCGCACGCGAAAAAUAACCAUCUUGCAUGCGCGAGAUCUCGUCAGGAACUGCCAUACUCUGCAGACUGGAAUAGUAGGAAAUAAAAAGUUUCAGCUUUGGUUUGUUGAUACAUUUGUACCUUGAGGUUGUUUACAUUUGCGUAUAUAAUUACUAUUAAUUAAUAUUCUGGCUUUGCACAGAAACACUAAUAUUAUAAAAUGGUAGUUCAAGUUAUUAAACAAAAUUUAGUAAGUAAGUUAUGCUUCUUUCCACUUUACUUGUAUACCAUGUAUUAUUAUACUGUGUGUUGCAUGCAUGAUUUUGAACCAAUUAAUGCUUAUAUACGCAAAAUUGUUAUAAAUAAUUACUUUUCAUAUUCAGUGCAUGAAGUUUAGUGAAAGCCCUGAAUGUGUGUAUGUGUGUUUCAAUAUUAACUACGUGAUACAUUUUUAGUUGUUGUAUUUUCAG